GACAAUCAUCCGAAACCUACUGUUGAUCUCGUCCUUUAAAUACCAUGCAUACACACAGCCAAUUCCACAGCACCAGCAUCGAUCACACAGCAAUCAACGCGCACACACACAGCCAUCGUCCCACUACUGCACCGCACCGUAGGAGGAGGAGCAACUCACCAAGGGAAGAGCCAUGACGAAGACGACGAUCUCGGCGCUGGCCGUCCUCCUGCUCGCGGCGGUGGCGUUCCACCAGCAGCCGGCGCGCGCCGCCGACAUCGCGUGCCCCGCCGUGCUCCAGGACAUGGCGCCGUGCCUGCCCUUCCUCCAGGGCGGCGGCGGCAGCCCCUCCGGCGACUGCUGCGCCGGCGUGAGGUCCCUCUACGCGUCCGCCGACACCACCGCCGAGCGGCGCGCCACCUGCGAGUGCCUCAAGACGGCGUACCGCCAGGUGCAGGCCCAGCUCUCCGCCGCGCAGGCGCUCCCCGACGACUGCGGCCUGUCGCUGCCCUACGUCAUCACCCCCGACAUCGACUGCAACACGUGA